AUGGCAUGGCAGCGCCUCGGUCCAGGAGGAAUAGCCGGGAAACAUUCAUUGUAUCUGCAAAGACCAUCUACGGUUGCGCGAAUUCCUUUAUGUUCAAUACCAAAAAGACAGUUUCAUACUCCUGGAAUAUAUUCACUAGCAGGUUCACGGAAAUAUAAAGGAGCUGGUCAUAUACCUCAAUUGAACACUCCGAGGCAAUCAUAUAAGCCGUAUUUCCAGUCAACUUUUACACAGAGACUGGGUUUACAUACACCUUCGGUAAAAAACGGUGGUGUGAAUCUUGAACCACAUGGAAAAUUUCCCCGCUUCUGGUUAAGGGAAAAUUGCCAGUGCCCUGACUGCAUACACCCGAUUACUCGACAGCGAAUGCUUGACACCUUCUCGCUACCCGAAGACAUUCAAACGGAAUCAGUAGAUAUCAGGACUGAAAACGUUUCAGUAAAGUGGUCGGAUGGACACGACGCUGUUUAUCCUCGGUCUUGGCUGAGUGAUCACAAAUUGCCACCUGCUCUUGAACCGAGCCAAGAGGUUCUGAACUUUAGGGAUUUCCGUUUCGUGUCAGGCAACCAAGGUCACCCAACCGUAGAAUAUCAAGAUGUCAUGGAAAGUACCAAAGGCCUCGCCAAUUGGUUGAAAGAGAUUGUUAGCUACGGCUAUUGCAUGGUGCGUGGUGUUCCAUUGGAACCCGAAGCGACUCAAGGUCUUCUCGAAAGGAUCGCAUUUAUAAGGAAUACGCAUUACGGCGGCUUCUGGGACUUUACCUCGGAUUUGACAUACAAAGAUACUGCGUAUACAUCAGAAUCGCUCGGUGUCCAUACAGACAACACAUACUUCUCUGACCCGGCCAGACUACAACUAUUCCACCUCUUAUCCCACACCGGUGGCGAAGGCGGCGAGAGUCUCCUAGCCGAUGGGUUUCGUGCAGCAGCAGUCAUGCGCACCGAAAACGAGGCCAACGUAAAGACCCUCAUCGAUAUCCCGCAACCCUGGCAUUCGAGCGGCAACGACGACGUCUGUAUCCAGCCUUACCAGCCAUUCCCCGUCUUUGAACGGGACGAACUUAGCGGUGUACUACAAAGAAUACGCUGGAACAACUACGACCGUGCCGUAAAAGUCGAUUGGGAACCGCAUGUCGCAGAACAGUGGUAUAGCGCCGCACGGCAUUGGAAUGAGAUUCUCGGUCGAGAGGAUAUACAAAUCAAAAUGCAGCUUGAACCGGGAACUGCGCUCAUUUUUGACAAUUGGAGAAUACUUCACGGUCGUACGGCUUUUAGAGGGAAGCGUCGGAUGUGUGGCGGAUACAUCAAUAAUGACGAUUUCAUCUCUCAGUAUCGCCUGCUGAAUGACGGCAGAGAAAAGACGUUGAACAAUAUAGGGACAUUGGACGCUCGGCUUACAUGCUGA